CUAAGAUAUAGCUCAUUAACAAAUAUUUUGGUAUAAAGAAAAAGAAAUAUUAGCUUCUUCAUUUCUCUUGAUAUAGGUUCAACAACCAACUACUUUCAUUUCUUCUUGGCCAACAAAUGCUGUUAAAUGAAACAAUCAAUAACUUCCAUUUAACUGUGUUCUCUCUCUCUCUUUCUUUCUGUUUUUGUGUUAAAGUUUCAAUUUAAGAGAGCCAAUACCACACGCUUUCAUCACCCCCCCCUAUUACUACUAUAACCUUUAAACACAGUUUUCUCCAAACAUCCUUAUUUUCUUGUUCCUUUACAUUUUUGCAUAUUUUAGUAACAUUGUUGAUGAUUUCUAUAUUCAAAACCCUAUUUAUUUAACAUUUUUACACUAUCAUUAUCAUCAUCAUUAAAAAAUUGUUUGUAUGAUUUUCUUUGCAUGCAAAAGCAAAGAAAAUAUACAAGAAAUGAGUAGUGGUGUAAUGGGAAAAAGUAGAUCCGUUUUAACAAUGAGUGGAAGAUUUGUGAAUGAAGCUAUAAGUUUCAUAGUGUUUUGUUUUCUUGACCUAGUUGAUUUUCUUCUAUGUUUUCUCUUCAAAUCGGUGGAUAUGUUAGUUGAAUCUGAAUGGAGACCAUGUUAUUGUUCAUCUUCGGCAGCAAAAGAAGCAAUAACAUGUAGUGGAAAAAUCUUGGUUUCGGAACAAGGAGGUGAAUCCAAAAUAGUUUCACUUAGUUCAACAAAGUUACAUUUGGAAGAUAUUUCCGACACACUUUAUUCUCGUCCUAGUUUGGUGUCUGAGGUUUCGAGGUUAACUAUGAAUGAGUUAAAAAGGUUUAAGUUGGAAGAUCCUGUUCUUCAUCAGUCUAAGAGAUCACGUUGUUCUAGUAGUUUUACAGUGAAUACAACUAUUGUUGAAAUGCUUCAAGGUAAAAUUGGAAAACAAGAUGUUCAACAUAGAUGGUCUGAUUGUGAUUGUAAAGAAUGUAUUUCUUGGAAUGAUCCUUCUAGUAAAUCCAUUCUCUAUGUUAAAUCUCAAUACCCCACCUCAGGUGAAGUUAAAGAAGAUGUGUUGUUUAUUCAUGGAUUCAUUUCAUCGUCACUAUUUUGGACAGAAACAUUGUUCCCAAAUUUUUCAAGUGUAGCAAAAUCAAGUUAUCGGUUAUUUGCAGUUGAUUUGCUAGGUUUUGGAAAGAGUCCUAAGCCAAGUGAAUCUUUGUACACAUUAAGAGAACACUUAGAUAUGAUUGAGAAAUCUGUUUUGGAGGCCCACAAAGUUAAAUCUUUCCACAUUGUGGCCCAUUCCUUGGGAUCAAUUUUAGCUCUAGCACUUGCAGCUAAAUACCCUCAAUAUGUCAAGUCUAUUACCCUCCUUGCUCCGCCUUACUAUCCUGUACCUAAGGGUGAAGCACAAGCAACACAGUAUGUGAUGAGGCAAAUUGCGCCGCGCCGCGUGUGGCCACCGAUGGCGUUUGGAUCGUCGUUGGUUUGUUGGUAUGAGCACAUAACUAGGAUGAUUUGUUUCCUCAUUUGCAAGAACCAUCGUUUGUGGAUAUUUCUCACCAAACUCAUCACUCGAAACAGGGUCAGGACUUUCUUGCUUGAAGGAUUCUUUAGUCACACCCAUAAUGCAGCGUGGCAUACACUACAUAACAUAAUAUGUGGAACAGCUUCAAAAAUUGGAUCAUAUUUGGAAACAGUAAAAGAAAAUCCAAAUUGUAAAGUUACUAUAAUUCAUGGUAAAAAUGAUGAUGUUAUUCCACUUGAGUGUAGCUAUGAGGUACAAAAGAGAAUUCCUCGAGCACAACUUAGAGUUGUUGAUGGUAAAGAUCAUAUAACCAUUGUUGUUGGAAGACAGAAAGAUUUUGCUAGAGAAUUAGAGGAGAUUUGGAGCUCUACCAAUGACAAUUAGAGAGAGAAUUAAGCUGAAGAUGUUUUGUGUCUAGAGCAGUUCUUCAACAUAUUUCUGUGUUAACUUUUGUUUAUGUCAACUCAAGUGUUGUUUGUAUCUUUUCUCAUAAAUUACAUAUCACUUGCUUACAAAAAAAAUUAAGCAAAAAAAAAAAAAAAAAAGGAAGCACAUAUCACUUAUUCAUACUUUGGUUCACAAAAUUAAAUAAAAUACCAAAGUGCAGUUAUUGCACUAU